AUGGCAGGAGGGGUCUUCGUGAAUGGUCCCGCGAGACAUUACGAGGGAAGGGUCACCGCCUUUGUAAUGGUGACUUGUAUAGUGGCUGCCAUGGGAGGUCUCAUAUUUGGUUACGACCUCGGAAUAUCCGGAGGAGUUACUUCAAUGGAUGUUUUUCUGGAGAAGUUCUUCCCCGCAGUGUACAGAAGAGAACACAGGACAGCGGAAGGAGCAGAAAAUAUGUACUGCAGAUUCGACAGUCAGCUGCUGACCUUGUUCACGUCUUCGCUAUACCUGGCCGCACUGGUAUCAUCGUUCUUCGCCUCGGCAGUAACGAGGGCAUUCGGAAGAAAAAUGUCCAUGUUCAUCGGAGGUGUCGUCUUCCUUGUGGGUGCUAUCAUCAACGGUUUUGCAGUCAACAUCGCAAUGCUUAUUAUCGGCCGAAUCCUGCUGGGAGUAGGGGUUGGAUUUGCUAACCAGUCAGUUCCGGUAUAUUUAUCAGAAAUGGCGCCGCCAAAGAUAAGAGGAGCUCUGAACAUGGGCUUCCAAAUAGCCAUCACCGUUGGCAUUUUGGUUGCGAAUUUGGUGAACUAUGGGACUAACAAAAUAAAAGGAGGGCUUGGGUGGAGGCUAUCGCUAGGGCUCGCUGCCGUACCUGCAUUGCUCAUGACUGUUGGCUCCGUGGUGUUGCCAGACACUCCAAACUCCAUUCUGGAGAGAGGGAAGCUUGAAGAGGCAAAGAAAAUGCUGAUCAAGGUGCGAGGAGUGGACAACGUAGACGAAGAGUUACAGGAUCUGAUCGAAGCGUGCGAGGCGGCUAAGAAGGUAGAGAACCCGUGGAAGAACAUCACCAUGAGCCAGUAUCGGCCUCAACUCACGUUCUGCUUCUUCAUCCCCUUCUUCCAGCAGAUGACGGGCAUUAACAUCAUCAUGUUUUACGCUCCCGUGCUCUUCAAGACUCUGGGCUUUGGGGACGACGCAUCGCUCAUGUCGUCUGUCAUCACCGGCGUCGUCAAUGUGUGCGCCACAUUCGUAUCGGUCUUCACGGUGGACAGGGUUGGGAGGAGGUGGUUGUUCCUAGAAGGCGGAAUCCAGAUGAUAGUGUGCAUGUGCGGGGCGGCGGUGCUGAUGGCCGUCAAGUACGGCGUUACAGGGCAAGGUUCCAUGAGUAAGGCGGAGGCGGACGUGUUCCUAUUUUUUAUCUGCGCUUUUGUGGCGGGCUACGCCUGGUCUUGGGGCCCCCUGGGCUGGUUGGUGCCCGCGGAGGUGUGCUCGCUGGACGUCAGAUCCGCUGGGCAAGCCAUCAACGUGUCCGUCAACAUGAUCUUCACUUUCAUCAUUGCUCAGGCCUUCCUCACCAUGCUCUGCCACAUGAAGUUCGGUCUCUUCUUCUUCUUCGCCGGCUUCAUCGCCAUCAUGACCGUCUUCAUCCACUUGCUUCUCCCCGAGACCAAGGGCGUCCCUAUCGAAGAGAUGAACCUUGUCUGGAAGUCUCAUUGGCUCUGGUCCAACUACAUUCCUGAUCAUCAUCUUCCUCCUCCCACUCCCACCCAACGCCCCACUUAUUCUUAUUCUGACCGAUCCCUUUAG